AACUGUGAAAGUUGGCCUAACCAAAUUGUUGGUUGAUUGUUACGUGAUCCAACCGUAUAUCUUUCACAAAGGGAAAUUUGAGGGGGCAUCUAAAAAAAAUAAUAAACGAUUCUGAACACUAAGGAUAUUAGUAGUUAUCAAAAUGUCGUUUCCGUCUUAAUGACGUCAAUGAAGAGAAAAAAGCAUGUCGUAAUCAUUUUCACAGAUUGAAAGACGAAGGUUGAAUCAUAGACGUAAACAUAGAAGUACGAUUAGGUUUUUGUUUGUACAGUUUUCUUGUUUUCUUGUAAAAGUCUCGUUUUCUGCUGUAAGAAGCAUUUAUUGGAGCCGAAGUAGAGAUAAUACAUAAUUGGAAAUAGAGGCUUCCAAUAUACUUCAAUAACACCGCAAACUUUAUAUCGUCAUUAUCUUCUUGAGGUCCAAGGGAGCCAAAGUGUCUUCAAAAUACGACUUAUUUUUACACGAGUCACCGAGUUGCAGACUUCAUCGGGAAAACCAGAUAAUAGGUUGAAAUGGCGGCCGUUCAUGGCCACUACAACAUCUGGAACGUAACAAGCGAGCAAGCUCUUCAAGAAGGAUGGCUAAGCCUACAAAACGUGAGGACACUUUCAGCGAUCAGCGCUGCCCUAUCCAUAGCAAUGGCACCAGUAAUCGUAUUUGGAAAUAUUUUGGUCUUAGUUGCAGUUUGGAAAGAUCCCCUCAAGAAACUCCGAUCAUCACCCUCUAACCUCAUUUUGACAUCCAUGGCCAUAGCAGACCUAUUAGUUGGCUUGGUGGUUUGUCCGAUAACUGCUUAUUGGGGCUUGGUGAUAUCUGUCCGAGGAGAAUCACCGCUAGAUCUUUCUGUGAUAUUUGCCAUCAACGUUUUCUCUGUAAACGUGAGUUUUGGCCAUAUGUUCCUUCUAACAGUGGACAGAGUCUUCGCCGUAACUACGCCACUUCGUUACCGUGUAACAGUUACAAAUAAGAGAGUUUUUAUUGCCAACUGUGCUUGCUGGAUUUAUUUCAUAGCUUUUGGCAUUGCAUUCCUCGUGUUGCGCGAUUUAUUUGCCAUAAUGGGGGCUGUCGACAACUUUCAACUUCUAUUUAUGCUUUUGGGCAUGUUGGCCAUGUACGUAAUGAUCUUAAACUACUUUCACCGAUACUCCAAAGAAAGAGCAGAAGGACACUCACUCAGAGAUCGUAACAUUAUAAUGCAAAGAGAAAAAGAUCUCUUUAAGGCAAUCUCAGUUGUCGUCUGCGCAAUUCUCAUCUGUUACAUGCCGUGGUUAAUCGUUAGUACGUUGAUCUACUUUUGCAAAGCGUGCCAUCCACAUUUACCAUUACUGAUGGUUUCUCUCGGAUUUUCAGGAAGUCUGACAUGCGCAAACUCGGGUUUAAACCCAUUUUUGUAUACGUGGCGACUCCCAAAGUAUAGAGAAACAUUAAUAUACUUUUGGAGGCAACUAAUUUUAAAGAAAGGAAAAGCUAACAAAUCAAAAUUUACGAUAUCUUAAAGCUUCUGUCGAGGGUUUAGUUGUCAGAAAGCACGAACCUUGAAUAAAGAGAUCUAAUUGUCCUAGAA